AUGAUGAUUGGUUUGAUGAUAGGAUUUUUGAUUAUGGGUCGACUUCUGACAAGCUUUGGCGCAAAGGGCACAGCUAUUACAAUCAGAUGUUCUUUGGGAAUCGUUGGUUCUAUCGCUAUGGUGCUUUGUUUUGUUACCGGCCGAUUCGAGUUCUUUGUUUUGGGUCAUUUCCUUAGCGGUGUUACAGCUGCUCUUAAAAUUGCUCUCCUUAUCUACAUCUCCGACUGUAGUCCUGAGGACAAACGAGACUCCAAUUCCAUUGCGGUAAACUCUGGUGGUGUGAUCGCAGUGCUCAUUGUAACACCACUUUGUGUGCCGAAUUUGAUUGGUUCAGACCAAUACUGGGUUAUAUUGCCUAUGACUUGUAGCAUCAUGGCUACGGCACAUUUGCUCAUCGCCGGGCGUUUUCCAAAAAGCCCGAAAGAUUUGUACAUUAAGGAGCACAACAAAGAGGAGGCGAGAGCUGCGCUAAGGUUCUUUUAUAAUACGCAUUACGAUAUUGGUAAGUUUUGA